AUUGAGGAUCGCAGGAGAGUUCUCGCAGCCGAGGAGCGUCAACUCCAUUCAUCGUGGAACGCUACUCUCCCCAUUCAUCACCUCCCGCGCGAACUUCUCGUCGACAUCUUUGCCACUGCUCUCCGCUCGUCAUGGACCAGCUUGGGUGAAUCGGAGACCGAGACAACCACGGCAGCCACGGGAGGGAAACGGGCGGUGUUGAUGCUAGUGUGUUCCGCGUGGCGCGAGCUCAUCGCGUCGGAAGGGACACUGUGGUCCUUGAUGUACGUCACGCCUUCCACUCCGCUCGCGAUCCUCUCCCUUCACAAAUUACGCUCUGCGAAAGCGGCAUUGGAAGUUCGCCUGGACAUGAAGCCCGACAAUUCGUUGGAAGCUGCACGAAUUCUUGCUCCGGAGUCCGAAAGGAUUCGGUCGCUGUCGAUACCCUCGGCCAGGGACCUGCCGCUCCCCACGUUCCAUGCGUUGUUCUGCGACAAGUCCUGGCCCCUUCUCACACACCUCGACAUAAAAUUUUCGUUUCGCUCUUCGGAACAGCACAUCACCCAAAUCGAUCUAGAGCCCAUCCUCAAGCUCUCGGCUCUUCGAUUCCCGAACCUCCAAUCCCUUGCUCUCUCCAGCGGACCCAUCCCCGCAAUUGAUGUGCAGCUGCUGCGCCAACUCAAGUCACUCAAAGUUUACUCGCAUUGCCCUGUUGAAUGGCCAUCCUUUCAACAGUUCUUGACCGACCUUUCUCAAGCCGUCCAGCUGGAAGCCCUUACAAUC